ACUCGCCCCUCCUUUUCCUGUCCGGUCCGCCUUAGGUUUCUGCGGCUCCACGUGUUUGGGCCGGGGUCCUGCUGUCAGCUGCUGGUGCUGCAGUAGGUGAAGUUGCCCAGGUGUGGAGUGCAGAUGCUCCGGCCGGGGCUGCGAGGACGUCACCAUGCCUAAAGCACUAAAGGGAAAAAAUGUAGGACGGGAAAAAAAAGUCAUCCAUCCGUAUAGUAGAAAAGCAGCUCAAAUCACGAGGGAGGCCCACAAACAAGAAAAAAAGGAGAAGUUGAAGAAUGAGAAAGCAUUGCGUCUUAAUCUUAUUGGUGAAAAAUUGCAGUGGUUUCAAAAUCAUCUUGAUCCCAAAAAAGCAGGCUAUUCAAAGAAAGAUGCUUGUGAAUUAAUUGAAAGGUAUUUAAACCGAUUCAGCAGUGAGCUGGAGCAGAUUGAAUUACAUAACAGCAUCAAAGACAGGCAGGGCAGGCGGCACUUUUCCCGGGAGACAGUCAUCAGACAGACGAUGGAGCGUGAGCGGCAGCAGUAUGAAGGAUAUGGCCUCGAGAUUCCAGAUAUUGUAAAUGCAGGUAAUCUGAAAACUUUUAGGGAAUGGGAUCUUGACCUGAAGAAAUUGCCAAACAUUAAAAUGAGAAAAAUGUGUGCCAAUGAUGCAGUUCCCAAGAAGCGCAAGAAGGAAACUGGUACAGCUGUGGACAAAGACUUAGGGGAAUUGGAACUAAAUGAUGAAUCAAGUGACUCCGAUGAGGAAAUGACUGCGGUGGCCUAAUUGUUCUUUACUUGAGUUGAAAAUAAAUAAUUUGAGAACCUCAAGUCACACUUGAAUUGAUUAUGGUAAAUAAUUGCCUAGGUACAAGGAUUUGCUAUUUAGCCCCUCUUACAAGAUGAGAAUCCCACUCGCAGUUUUAAAAACUAUUAUUUUUAUUUAAAAGUGAAUGUUAUUUACAUUAAGUUGCUAAAAUAUAGUGAAAUAAAAUAAAAUAGUAAUCUUUGAGAACUGCUUUAUCUAAAUAUCUGGGGCUGGAAGGAGCAAUAUAAAUAAGGACAAAAAAUGCUUUACUUCUUUUCCUCAUGUUUACUUAGGAUCUCCUAAUCUCACAUUUUGGGGCUUGGACAGCAACCUGUUUUCUAAGAGGGUCUGUGGGUACUUCUUAAGCAGUGAUAAUAACAAAAUUGCCUUUCAGUAACAAUAUUUCAGUAAUCGUCCUCCUAAACAUUAAGCCUAUUUUCUUUCCUUAUAAAAUAGGGAAAUUUUGAUAUGGAAAUCAUAUAUACUGAUGGAUUAUACAUUAUUUUUAUUUAUUAUCUUUGAGUUAGAGUUAAGUGGUAAAAAAAAAAUGCAGGGACAAUUCUUGUUUUGUUAGUCUCCCACACGUAAUCAGCUAUCUUUUGUUAAAGGGAUAACUCUUUUUGUUUGUGUAUUAUUUUCUGCUUUCUCAUUGUGAAAAGUGAUAGGUUUUAUUUGUGGAAACAGACCUAAAGAUUAGAGCAUCAGUUUUUCUGACUGUGUGGUUUUUUUUCUUCUAAAAGAUAGGUUAAAUGGCAUCUACUAUAAUUCAUAAUUCUAAAAAUCAUGAAUAUCAUGGAUACUGUAGAAUGUUGUUCUUCAUAGAACUUGUGUGCAAAUAUCCUUUAAUCUAUUUCUAAAGGAUGUAAUGCAAGUCUUUUUCAAGAAAAAAAAUAAAAUUUAAUGCUGUAUGAGGUUAA